CUUAUAAUAUGUCUGCAUUUUAUUUUUAUUUUUUCUUUCAUUUCAGGACAUAACUUGGCAAGAUGAACAUUCAGCCCCUUUCUCCUGGGAGACCAAGAGUCAAAUGGAGUUCAGUGUUGCAUCUUUAUCCCUACAAGAACAAGGUGGUGUCCCAUCACAAAAUGAACAGAGACAACCAGUCAAAGCAGCACCCGGUGUCCAGGCACCCAAAUCUUCUCAGGGUAACAAGACGCCUAGCUCUGAUGGGUUAAUACCAUCCAGGAAAGAAGAGGAGUCCUCUUUCUGGAAGAUAAAUGCAGAGCGUUCAAAAUUUGAAGGAGGCCAGUCAGAAUUCCAGUCCUUGACCCCUAGCCAGAUUAAAUCGAUGGAGAAAGGAGAGAAAGCCCUUACAUCUUUUUAUAGGCAAGAGUCUACUCCAAAAGAGACGACCAAAGGUGAGAAACCCAGCAUAGCUAAACCAGAAACAUUCAUCACUCCAAGCCUGUCUUCUCUAUCUACGGAGUGGGAGAAAUCUCAACCCAGUCAGCCUACAGCUAACACACUAGAUGACCUCCUUCCUGAACCACCCCAGGAACUGCCGUCUUCAGGGACAAAAACUGAAGAGGCUGAGGGCCCUAUGCUUUCAGACCCCGGUGGACAGAGUAAUACAAGCACCAUUAUCUUGAAGACUGGCUUUGAUUUUCUAGACAACUGGUAAAGACACUACAAAAUAGUUCACACAAAGUUUGGAGAAGGAAAGAGGCAUUUUCUCUUUGUAUGUUAAGUUACUAGCAUCUGCGUAUUUUAAAAUAAUUUUCAAACUCUAAAUGUUGCCUUUGUAUAAACUUUUUUGUAAUACCAGAUGCACUUUUGUACUUCAAGUGUUUGUGAUAGGCGUGAUCUCAUUUUUUUUGAAUUUUGUAAUGUCUGUUACAAGUUGAGUAGUUAUUGUAUUGGGGAAAAUUGUAUACAUUAAAGGACAAACUUCUGUGUUCAAAAGACUCAGCCUACCAAGAUCCAGUUCUUGUUUUGUUAGGAAUUGGGUUAGCGUGGCUCGUAAGUAUUUGCAUCUUUCAUGACAGAAAUGAAUUAAAUGCAGUGUUGCUCUAAAUAAACUACCAAAAGACUCCUUUAAGAAAGGCAUGAAAAAAUAAGCAUAUUAUAAGAAUUGUAUUUUCUUUGUUUAUUUCAUAUCUAGUUUGGCAGUAUUGUAUUCUACCACCUUUUUUUGCAAGUUAUUUUGAGAGGAGCCAAAGGUUUGACAAAAAUGCUUGGUUCAAAGAAUCACUGCAGUUGUGCUCUAUAGAUACAUUUGCUAGAAAGGAAGGCUUCUUACAAAAGUGGCUUGGGAAAUGACUGUAAACAUGAGUGAGGAUGCUGACCUUUGUUUUGUCCAAUUUUUUUUCCAGGGAAUGAAAACCUAAAGAGGUCACUGCUUCCAUAUAGCCCUUGGUAGCAGAAAAGUUGAAGUAAAUCACAGGUGUCUCCAGGAGCAGACACCACUUAAGUUUUUGCUAUGGUAAACUUCUAUAUUUAUAGCAGGCUAUAGCACACUAAGGCUUUUUGUACUCUUUUUAUAACAGCUAUCCCUCUUGAAGACGCAUCAGUCUAACUUCUGGUGCUCUUUCCUUUUGUGGAUACAUCGUCCCUGGUGUCCACUCUCUGGGUAGUGUUUGCAUCUGAGGUGCAAACAGAACUGAAAGGUAGCCUUUGGCAUGUGUGCCUCCAGGUCUACUUUUGAAUAAUCCUCAGUUGCUGUUAAGGGUAGAGAACAGGACUUCAGCUGUCAUUUGGACUGCUGUCUCCAAAAUGCAGCAUGAUUUACACACUGAUUUUUCACUGUGUUUUUCACCUUGAAGCCUUAAUUCCCCUUGCACACAACCAGUGAAGGGUCCAAUGCCAGAGGUUUAACCUUUCCUUUUUACCUCCAUAAUUGAUUCCAAAAUUAUCUAUCCGGGGUGGAAGGAAAAAGAUAUAGCUCAUUUUAAUGAAUCCAUGCCAAAGUUGUACUAUGGCCAAAUGAUGGGCAGUCUGUACCAGUUGGACUUAGUUCCCUUAGGCUUCACGUGGAUUGGCAUUUGACAGUUUAUUGAUACUAGUGACAGUUAAACCCUGCUGAUUCCAUUUUUUGACCAAAAUUUUCUUUUGUACAAUAAAAGUCUUUGAGAAGAUUUCAAAGUAGUCUGCAGGUAUUGAAGAAACUCCAUUCUGCAGAGUGGUGUGCUGCUUGCCCUGUUUGCUUUGAGGCAGGUGGUAUAUAUUUACUAUCAAACAGCAGUGAAUACUUGCUUUCCUUAAUAUGUUUAAAGGCUUGGUUAUAAAAUUUAGCCUUUUUCAAAAACAAGGAUUAAUUUCUAGCAACAGAAAAGAAUAAAGUAUUGGAUGGCUAGUCAUAGAAAAGCAAAUUUUACAGUGAGGUUUCAUAGCACAAUGAUAACUUCUGAAACAGCAUUAAUAAAGCUGUGCUACAAAAUACACUUCAACUGAAUGCACUCCUCGGUGAUACAUAUCAAGUAAACUUCUAUAUAGAGGAUGGGUCUUAUAUUUGACCCCUGUAAAUUCAGGAGAAAAUUUCAGUUCUUUUGUAUUUCAUAUUCCUGUUGGCCCAGAUAUACUUAUAAUAUUUGCUGCUUAGUUUAAUAUUUUUAAAUGGCCCUUAUUAGUGUUACAUCAUCAUCUAGCGUUAAUAUGGAAAAUUAAACAAGGACUUGAGCAUAAAGUUCAGAUAUCUGAAAUACUGCUGACUUGCACUUUUUCCUCAAACUUGAGUCCUUGAAAUUUUUUUAAGCUGAAUGACACUAAUCAUGGGUUUUACAGUUACUAAUAAAAGCUUUGAAUUGUUUUCAGUAAGUUGAAAUAUUCAGCCAUCAGUGUGUAUUUUCAGUCCAUGCAAGAGGCACCAACUUUUUAAUCUUGCUUCAAUAUUUGUAGCGCUUUGUGUAACACUUCUUAAUGUCGGGAGGAGCAUUUGUUUACACCUGUGCUAAAUGGAUUGUAGAUUUGUAAUUUGCUUCAAUUUUGUGCUCUCUUUACUACCAUUUUUAGAGUACUGCAUCCUAUACAUAUUUGGGACCACCUGGUAGAACAUGCUGCAGAACUUUUACUUACUUAGUAGAUUUUUCCUUGCUGAUCUUUGACAUAAAUUGAUGCUUCUCCCUUUCUAUGAUAUGCUUUUAUUAAACAUUCAUAACAGAAAAAUUGUACAUGGUCACAUUUUAUAUUAACAAACCUUUUAAUAAAGUCACUUUACAUAGAA